CCGAAGUCUCACCAAGGUCUCUAGAGAAACGGGAUGGUUCGCCUGAAAGAGGAAUCAGAUGAAAAAUACAGAAGGGGGUAUCAAUGAGCUAUGUGACUGUGGAGUGACAGCGUCCAUUCACAUGGGAGCAUAAAAGCCGAAAAGUAGCAAGAAAUACCAAAAAAGAGGCCAAAAACGUUACAAGAAAACUGUAAUGAAAAGGACUCGAACAGGCCGUAGAGUCAGAAGGGGAAAGACAAACAUCGAUGCAGAGAGAAAGAAAGCUGAAGGAAAUGCAUUUUAUUCAAAGAAGCAGUAUAAAGAAGCAAUUCAGUGUUACACAGAAGCCAUCGAUACAUGCCCUAAUUGUGCUGCUUACUAUGGGAACCGAGCUGCUGCCUAUAUGAUGCUGAAUAGGUACAAAGAUGCACUGCAUGACAUCAGAGAAGCACUGAGGAUUGAUAAGGCAUUUGUGAAAGGAUACCUCAGAGAAGGAAAGUGUCACCUUGCUCUAGGAGAGCCCCAGGCUGCUCUCUGCAGCUUCAGAAAGGUUCUUGAACUGGAUCCAGACAAUGCAGCAGCAAAGGCAGAUAUUGAAACAGCAAAUGGAGUGAUGCAAUUUGAAACAAUGGCAGAAGUAGACUUUCAGAAAGAAGACUUCAGAAAGGCUGUGUUCUGUAUGGAUCAGUGUCUACAGAAAUGUCCAGCAUGUAUCAAGUUUAAACUGAAGAAAGCAGAGGCAUUGGCAAUGUUAGGCAGAUAUCAAGAGGCUCAGGAAAUUGCCAAUGAUGUGUUACAAAGAGAAGAUCCCAUGAACUCAGAUGCCUUGUAUGUACGGGGAUUGUGUCUGUAUUACGAGGAUAUGGUAGACAAAGCCUUCCAACAUUUCCAACAGGUUCUGAGGCUAGCACCAGACCACGCCAAGGCAAAAGGAGUCUAUAAAAAAGCAAAGUUACUAAAAGCAAAGAAAGAAGAAGGCAAUUCAGAAUUCCGUUUAGGAAACUUGGAUAAAGCACACGAUUUAUAUACAGAGGCAUUAGAGAUAGAUCCCCUUAACAAUUCAACAAACUCCAAGUUAUACUUCAACAGAGCAACUGUAUCAUCCAAGUUAAAUCAAGUGCAAGAUGCCAUAAAUGACUGCUCAAAAGCAAUAGAACUUGAUGAUUCAUAUAUCAAAGCAUAUUUAAGGAGGGCAAAAUGUUACAUGGACUUAGAACAGUAUGAGGAAGCUGUCAGAGAUUACGAAAAAGUCUAUAAAAAUGAUAAAUCAAGAGAAAACAAGAGACUUCUUCAAGAUGCAAAGCUUGAACUGAAAAAGAGCAAAAGAAAAGAUUAUUACAAAAUUCUUGGUGUCUCCAAAACUGCUUCUGUGGAUGAAAUUAAGAAGGCAUACAGAAAGCGGGCAUUAAUCCAUCACCCUGAUCGACACAGUCAUGAUACACCCGAAAAACAAAAGGAGGAAGAACGGAAGUUUAAGGAGGUUGGAGAGGCCUACUCUGUUUUAUCUGACUCUCGUAAGAAAGACAGAUAUGACAGUGGUGCAGAUCUUGAUGACUUAGAAGGACCUGGUGGAUUUGACCAUGUGGAUCCCAAUGUGAUAUUCCAGACCUUCUUUGGUGGUGGUGGAGGUUUUGGUGGUGGGGGUGGCUUCCCUGGUGGUUUCUCUUUCCAGUUUGGAUGAUCAUGUUUUCACAACUGCAGACAAGGGAUUAUGAUUAUGUACCGGUACACAGAGAAUCUGCCACCCCGCCAUACACACCUUCAUAGAAAUAUAGGUCAGACUGGCAUAUUAAGACCUUGAUCAGGAAUUGUUAUAGAAAUCAUUCUGACAGUGUGUUUCAUUGUAAUUCAUGUGUUAAUUCACUAGGAUUCAUUAUCCUUUAAGGAACAGCCUUUUCUAGAUUCAGCUCAUUUUGCCAAGACUAGGAUUGUAAAUUGCUCACUUUUGUGAUCUGUCUCCAAUUCAUGUUUUUUUUUUUUUGGUUUUGUUUUUUUAAUUUUUUUAUUAAAAAAAAAUGUUGGUAUCAACUAAAUAUGCAGUUUGUCAUAUAUGUAUCUUCAGAUUGUAGAGCAAUUCUGAAAGAAAGACUGCAGUUUCAUAUUUAUUAUUUGUGGCUUGCAAUCAUCUAAUCUGAUCUGCUUUAUCUCCCUUGCCUUGCAUUGUAAGAUGUUAUCUAUUAUACAAUGUACAGUCUGUGUAUGCUGGGCUCUGUGAGACCCAAUCCUGGACACAGGACAUUAUUAACUCUCAGUAGACAUUGUACACUGAACUUGAUGAUGUUUUAUGUUUUUUUAAACAUAAUAUGGAGUACUAGAAAAGAUUUCAGGAAAUCAUAUUUUAAUCAUUGCAUGUUAGUUUCAAACUGUUUUAUAUUCAGCGAUUUACUGAUUUCUUGGAAAAUAUUCCAUAUUAUUGCUUUACCCAUAAUACAAAAAGUACAUAUGUAACAAAGUUAUUUUAUGGUGUUCACUGUCUUUGCUCCUUGAAGUAUCCAUCAUUCUUAAGGUUUUGUUACAAGUUGGGAAUAAGUAGAAAUGAGAGAGAGAGAGAGUAAAAAUGAACAUGUCCAUCUGUUGUGAAGUUACUAGGUGAAUGCUGUGAUUAUUGGCAUGUUUUUUGUUCAUACAGUAUUUAUGUAAUGUAAAUCUGAGUUGUGUCAACAGGUCUAAUAAAAGAUCUCCUUUGUCUA